AUGAGGGCGGCGCCACGCCUCCUGCUCUCCGUCCUCCUGGCGCAGGGGUGGCUGGCGCCCGGCGUGGCCCCCGUCCUGCCGGCCCUCUUCCAGCGGCUCCGAGAGACCCUCUCCCGCGACCGGGAGCUGGGGCUGGCCCACGGCAGCCUGGCCUUCACCCACAAGGACUUCGACGUCAGAGAGACCUUCCGCAGGGCAUCCAGGAGGUACUUUGGCACAGAGUGUGUGCCCACGGAUUUCGGCAACGCCUCCCAGGCCACGCGGCUCGUGAACCGGUACGUCAGCCAGGAGACGCAGGGAAAGAUCCCCAAGCUCUUCGACGAGGUCGAUCCCGAAACCAAACUGCUUCUGGUGGAGUACGUCCUCUUCAAAGGGAAAUGGCUGACGCCGUUUGACCCUGCCUUCACUGAAGCUGACGCUUUCUACCUGGACAAGUACAAGGCCGUGAAGGUGCCCAUGAUGUACAGGGCGGGCGAGUUCGCCUCCACCUUCGACAGGGAUCUCCGCUGCCACGUCCUGAAACUGCCCUACCGAGGAAACGCCACCAUGCUGGUGGUCCUCAUGGAGAGAAUAGGCGACCACCUUGCCCUCGAAGACUACCUGACCACGGACCUGGUGGAGUCGUGGCUCAGAAACAUGAAAGCCAGACAGAUGGAAGUUUUCCUUCCAAAGUUCAAGCUGGACCAGAAGUAUGAGAUGCAUGAGCUGCUUAAACAGAUGGGAAUCAGAAGAAUCUUCACUCCCUGGGCUGAUCUCAGUGAACUCUCGGCUACUGCAAAUCUUCACGUAUCCAAGGUUUUACAGAGAGCAGUGAUUGAAGUCAACGAAAAGGGAACAGAGGCCGCAGCAGGAACCUUGGUAGAAAUGAUGGCUUAUUCCAUGCCUCCUAUAGUCAAGGUGGACAGGCCGUUUCAUUUCAUGAUCUAUGAAGAAACCACAAGGAUGCUUCUGUUUCUGGGCAGGGUAGUAAAUCCUACCCUCCUGUGA